ACAGAUUCGGCCUGCCUCUCUUGCUCUUGUAAAAACGCAGUCGACCGUCUUUGCUAGGGGAACGAAACCCGUACUAGCCACUGUCGUUCACGAGGAAGGAGUUAUCUGUAGAGUAAGUAUGCUAAUACUGAAUAAGACAGCAGGAGUUUUUUCUAAACCAUCAAGAAGGAAACCUUAUGAAUUUUUAAGAAGUUUUAAUUUUUAUCCUGGAAAACUGUUUCUUCAUAAACUAGUAUUGGGAAUUGAAACCAGUUGUGAUGAUACAGCAGCUGCCGUGGUGGAUGAAACUGGAAAUGUUUUGGGAGAAGCAAUACACUCCCAAACUGAAGUUCAUUUAAAAACAGGUGGGAUUGUUCCUCCAGUAGCUCAGCAACUUCACAGAGAAAAUAUUCAACGAAUAGUGCAAGAAGCUCUCUCUGCCAGUAAAGUCUCUCCAAGUGAACUCUCAGCAAUUGCAACUACUGUAAAACCAGGACUUGCUUUAAGCUUGGGAGUAGGCUUAUCAUUUAGCUUACAACUAGUACACCAGUUAAAAAAACCUUUCAUUCCCAUUCAUCAUAUGGAGGCUCAUGCACUUACUAUUAGGUUGUUAAAUAAAGUAGAAUUUCCUUUUUUAGUUCUUUUGAUUUCUGGAGGUCAUUGUCUAUUGGCAUUAGUUAGAGGAGUUUCAGAUUUUCUGCUUCUGGGAAAGUCUUUGGACAUAGCACCAGGUGACAUGCUUGACAAGGUAGCAAGAAGACUGUCUUUGAUAAAACAUCCAGAGUGCUCCACCAUGAGUGGUGGGAAGGCUAUAGAACAUUUGGCCAAACAAGGAAAUAAACUGCAUUUUGAUAUCAAACCUCCCAUGCAACGAGCUAAAAAUUGUGAUUUUUCUUUCUCUGGACUUCAGCAUGUUAUUGAUAAGAUAAUAAUGCAAAAGGAAAAAGAGGAAGGGAUCCAGAAGGGGCAAAUCCUGUCUUCAGCUGCACACAUUGCUGCUGCGGUACAGCACACCAUAGCAUGCCACAUUGCAAAAAGAACUCACCGUGCCAUUCUGUUUUGCAAGCAGAGACACUUGUUAUCUCAAAGUAAUGCAGUACUGGUUGUAUCUGGAGGCGUUGCAAGUAACUUAUACAUCCGAAAAGCUCUGGAAAUUGUAACAAAUGCAACACAGUGCACUUUGCUGUGCCCUCCUCCCAGACUGUGCACUGACAAUGGCAUUAUGAUUGCAUGGAAUGGUAUUGAAAGAUUGCGUGCUGGCGUGGGCGUUUUACACAACACAGAAGGCAUCCGCUAUGAACCCAAAUGUCCUCUUGGAGUAGAUAUAUCAGAAGAAGUUGGAGAAGCUGCCAUAAAAGUACCACGGUUAAAGAUGGAGAUUUGAUUUUUGCUUUUGAAAAAAAUCCCUAAAGAAACUUAAGCUCUGAUGAAACCCCAGCACUGAAACAAAAUCCUCUGGAUAAAUAAAUGCCUGUCAUACUUUGCCAUAA